AUGAGAAGGAGUCGAGAUGUCACAAAGGAUUGUGCCAGUAUCACUGGCCAGGAGAACGCCUACGAGCUGGAGACCACUAACGGGUCCAUCCUCAGGGUAACUGGCUCGCCGUUGUUCAGCCGCCAUGGCGGUAAGGUCGACCCCAUGUGAGAGCUGGGAGGGAAGGACUGGAGAGCACGUCAGCCAGCGAUGCGACUUUCGGGAACGACGUGUACAAACUUGGAAUACGCACGCAGUCAUCACAUGAAGACCUACCAGUGUAGUUGCCCGCCGCGACAACGACCUUGCCAGACUGUCAAUCUCUAGUCAUGAUGGCUCUUCAUCACUGCAAAGGAUAGGGUAGCGCACAAGCCAAUCGAUAUGGCUGAUUUGUCGUCUGAAACCUGAUUAAGAAAUCCAGCAACGAAACAUGUGCUCAGGUCUUUUUGACUGGGCGGCAAUUCUAGAUCCCACUGGCUUUCACAAAACCACACCUAUUUUCUUUAAGCCGAAAUCCGCCCAGUUUGCGCAGUGUUCACCGCACAAACUAACUUUCUGAUCCCUUAGCAUAAAAUCUCGAUGCCUAUUGAGAGGUAACAGGGGGUCGCUGCUGUCUGGAAGGCCCCAGUCGAGCUUCUUAUUAGAUAACUGUUUGCUCUACACAACUGUCAAACAAUGGACCUCCCAGUUUUUUGCAAUCAGUUGAGUUAAAAAAGCACGGCACAAAACUUUCUUUGCGCGGUCCUACGGGGAUUAACCAGGGGUAUAUUUCUUGAACGGCAGUGUGUGUAUAUUUUGAAGAAAACGCCAUGCCACACCCCGUGCUACUUUGGGCGAGCCCUCCUACUACGCUGGGGCUACCCCUAGAUCCACUUUGUUAGCCUCGCGCUACAUUAGCGUGGUACCAGUUUGUUAAAUGCCGCCGAACAAAUCCUCCUACCCAUGAUCUUCGCUGCACGUCUAGAGGUUGUCUUCCCUGCUUGCAGUUCGGAUCAGCCGCCUAACAGCUGCCGUUCCUGGUCCUCCUGCAAGGACGACCGUUCCGCUGCCGCCGUUCCCCGCGAGAAGGGACGCGAAAAAACACCAAAGGUCCGGUUAUUUUCACGCGCGAAAGCUGCUUGCACGACCAGCUGCUCCAAGCCCUGCAGAAGCCGUAUUGUGGCCGGCGCGCAGCCUGGACGAGCGAUCGAUAGCCGCAGGCGCUGUCAUGUCGCACCACGCGCGCCUGUCCGUCUCUCGCUCCCACAUGCGUGUGUGUGCGCGCGUGCGUGCAGCGUACGGGUGUUCUAGCCACGACGGCGUGCGUGCGCCGUCUUGGAGUUAGACCCGGCCCAGAGGUCAGAACGAAAUCUACCUGCCAAUUUCUCACAUGGCCUGGAAGUGACAAGGCCAGAAUGCCGAAAUGUUUUCGCGCCUAGUGGGAAGUAUCCAGGUCACAAUGCAACAGCUUACCAAGUGGCUGCGCAGCUUAUGGCGCAGACAUGGGGCACAUUGCUGCCGUAUAAGCACCAAAGUUGACGUUAGUCACUGGCCCUUUUAGAGGUCCGGAACGCAACCCACGGGUCAACCGUAAGCCCCACUGAGUUUGUUGGCCGUUUGAAGGUUAGCCCAGAACUUAAUAAGUGCUGGUCAUUUGCACGUGGGUUCGAUUAUGAUGAUGAGGAUUUUGGCAGCAUUAACCUUUUUAACCUCUCAGAUUCAAUAGGGACACGGCUUAUGAUCAUCUGUGACGGCAAUGAACGGUAAAUCGCCAGAAGUGGAAGCCGGCUAGCUUCUUCACUUACCGCUGGAUGUUUUCUGGUAAUGGGUAUGCCUUUUUCGCUGUUAUGGUGUACGCAAAGUUUUCAAAGCAGCUUAUGUGAUUUCAUUAGACGGGAUGGGCUUGUAACAAUGUAAAUCCUGCGCCUCACCAUCCGAUUUUUUUAGAAUUCUUUCGCGAGUAGCGUCGAAGUAGCAAGGCUGUACUGAGAGCGCCGCAAUCUUCAGGUUAUGUCAUGGGUAGCAGGAGAAAGCAUUCGGCACAUUUAGGAGAAAUUUAUUGUGUACAGAAUCCUGUGUUGGUGUCUCAAGCGGCAGCGGCCUCUGGUGAAGACAGCGCGUGUUAUGACUGUCUUAAGUAGGACCUUAAAGUGAGUAAGAUAAGUGGUGGUAGCGGCUUUGAUAGGUUCAUGGUCUUGUCGCACGUAUCUGAGAUGAAGUCGGUUGAGUGGAUGCAGGCCUAUACGCCUCAUUUCACGCCCUAUGAAACGCGUGUUUGGUGAAAUUUUCUCCCGCAAAUUACCAAAUGACGGCAUUUUAUGCUGAUUGUAUAUAACUGCACGCACAAUCUCAAAUACACAGGGAAAGGACCCUCUGUCGUAAUCUUGGCAGUUCCACACUGCAAAAUCCUUAUCGCAUACGAAUAUGUUACUGGAAACAUUUUAGUAAGAUGUGUUUUCAGCAUUAAUAUUACAUGUACUGUUUUAAAUAGGGCCGUCAAGGGCAUUGCCUAUUACCCUAAAUGACAGUUCGACCAUCGGUUUCGAUGAUGUCCACCGUGUGCCCCACAGUUGCGGCAGCAAUGGGAGCAGGGACAGUGACUUACGCAGGGGUUUAUAGUGCCUGUAGACUUGCGUAGCAUCUACCUACACUCUCUCCUCCUCCCUCGCCCGAGCCCGGUGUCAAGACAGAGUCAAGAAGACCGGAGACGAGAGAGGCCGCAGGUGGAUGGCUCGGACGGAUCCUCACCUUGGCGUUCCACCACACCCCUAUUACCCUAAAUAUACUACUAUAAUCUCGCUGCAAAGGUGAAUGAUUUUCAGGCAGCGGGACUUCGAACAAGGACACCAGACAGCCCGGUAACCAGUCAAAGACGACAUUUCAAACACCGCAUUAUUUGUAAUCGCUCCUAAUCGCUCUUUGAGGGAUUUCGGGAGUAUAAUGAACCUUUGUAUUCUUUUUUGUUCCUAAUGUUGAGGGUGUAGUGCCUAGCCAUCAUGACUGGUCCGGCGUCAUUGUUCAAGACCUCGCUGCCUCAAGGUCAUUCACUACUUGCAGCGGGCCGUCCCAGACGAGCUGACCUGAAGUCACACGACCAACAGCUCGGGCAUACCUGCGUCCGCGCAGUCGCAGCUGCCCAUGCGGCCAUUUGAACGCGCCCCAAGGGCAACGAGGGUCCAGUCAUUAUUUGACACUAUAGAAAUAGUGGCUCAGGGUCAUUUCCCAACCAUUGACAGUGUUCUGACUUUAGCUCAUUUAAACUACUGCAAUGCUUUUAGCAAAGCCUUCCUACCUUCGCCCCAGGUCUUUCACUGGAUUUCGUAUAAAUAUAAUAUGAGGGCGGUUUAUUCUCACUUUUAUGCAUUUAGAAAAACAGCAAUGUGCAAACGGAAUGCUGUAAUGACUCCUCUGGUAUGGACUCCUGGUUCUGGAGGGCGGCUGGACAACUGGAAACCAGAAACUACAAUAAACUUCACGACUUCAUCCCGAUUAACCAUCGAUGAUUUGUCUAGUUUGCAUUUGCGGCAAGCCAAUAAAAAAUAUAACAAGGAAAUAAGGUCGCUUUUCUCUUGACGGUUGACUAGCUCUUACACGCAUGAAAAGGUUUCUGACUAAUGAGUUGCCCAAUGUUACUCGAAAAGUGGGCGGUCGAGGCAGGUUUGGAAUGCUGUGCGCGAGUACGGCCCACAGGGAUGCUGCGAAGCACAACAUAAUCGCUACUGAAUAUAAGAGACUAGUAUGUUAUUUAUUAUUGAUCCUCAGCGCGUACUGGAAACCACGCAUUCCACUCCUCACAUGGUCAACACAUUUCGAGUUGAUGACUCUUGGAGUACUGUCUGAGAACACUCACAGCUUCGGUUUCAGCCACAUCAGCGGGAAGAGUUAUUCACUUUCACAGAACCCAGUGCGACCAGGGAUCGAGAAGCAGCCAUUCCACGCCCAGUUUCCGUCAGUGCAACGACGGCCCGAAAGCAGUGUCAACGGGGAAGUCGCCCAGGACUCAUGCCAACUAGACAACCAGAGGUUGCGACUAGUUUUUUGUAGCGCAUAUCUGAGUUGAUCCGUAAGUUUGUUUGUUUUCAGUUUCAGUUUAUUUGAUAAGGAUGAUAGGCAAAGCCUUAGAAAACCCUAUUGAUUACAUGUCAGCUCGUUAGAAAUAACUGCACAGUAACAAUGAAAAUAUUCGUUAUAUAAAUAGUACUUGAUUCAUUUAAGUAGCAUCGUCAAAGAGAAAAAAAUAUAUGGGGAACCGGGGUAUUUAACUCAGAUUCAGACUGUCGAGGGAAAACAGGGGACACAAAUAAUCAUCCAAGCGUUUCUUGAAGAUUUGCAGGGAUGUCGCCUCCACGACUGACUGAGGGAGAUCGUUCCAUUUCUCCACUACCCUUUGCGUGAAAAAUUCAGAACGAAGGUUCAGCCUGGACAUUGUUGUCCGUAGCUUCAUCGAGUGGCCACGAAGAUUGGGUGAAAGGUGCCACUGAAACAUGUUCUCAAAGCUAAGUCCAUGCUCAAGGCCAUUUAUUAUCUUGUAAACCAGGAUUAGAUCACCUCUUUGCUGCCUGUAACACAGAGGGAAUAGAUUAAGGCAAUUCAGUCUGCCCGUGUAGGAUUGGUUUUUUAGACCGUUUACCAUCUUUGUUGCCCUACGUUGCACCCGUUCGAGGCAUGCUUGGUUUGUAUACUUUAAAUGACGGCAUGUGUAGUAUCUUCAAACUAGAGACAAAAGAUGGCUUCGACAAUUUCAUCUAAGAUAAUGACAUCCAAACGGACACAAAUGCGGUACAUAGUUCUUACUGAUAACAGUGCACGUGACGUUGAAUAGUAACCAACCAGUUAUCUACCAGGGCAACAAAAUCUUUUUCAACUUCUGUAGUCUUCUAAUGAGCCCAAUUCCCAAAAUACUGCCAGCGAGUAAUACUUCAGGCAUGUCGUACAAAACCAGAAACAGAGGACAAACAGGUUUUUUGUUCCGCAGUUUGGGAAAAGCGUUCCAGUCCCUCAUCAAAAAGUCAGUUUUUCUUCCAAUCCUGCGUCGUUUCUUGCUCCCUUGGCCCGACCAGUCCAUGCAUCCUACUAUUUAGAAGUGGCUGUGUAGAAUCCCUUAUGCGGAUAUGAGGCCUACUCGAGUCGUAAUGCCAUUUAUGCUGCCGUUCACGGAGAGCUUUUUUAUGUUCUCUACAAUUAUUCACGCUCAAGGUUUGCUGGAGGUCCAUCAAACAGCAAACCAUUUGCUAUAGUUGGUCAUCGACACCGAUUGCAGCCUUGACCUUCUGUAUUGGUGCAGACUGUCGUGCAUGAAAUGGCACUCGGCAUUGGCUCAAAAUGCGGACUGCGAAACUAUAACCCUGGACAGCGACCAGCGAGUAGGUGCUCAUUUGUUGGAACUCAAGUCAGGCAUCAAGCGGUAGGCUCUGGUUACUACAUACUAACACUGGCUCUAAACACGGCAGCAAGUGUAACCAUAGCUUUACCCACAGUCCUGACCGUAACCUUGAGCCUAACUGCAAUCCUAUUUUGUUAGUCUAAUUCAAGACCUAAUGCAGUACCAUGCACGUGGACGUAAUCGUAGAUCCUGACCUAAUUGAAAAUCCUGUCUGAAAACCGCGUUUUAUUCCUUUAUCUUAACACUAACCGUAAUUGAAAUCCGGGCCAGAAACGCAAACCUGAUCACAAGUCAAAGCUUAGUCUAAAGCCCUGUAGUGGCCCUACGCUGGGCGCCUGUUCAACGCUGCGCCUCUCACACGUGCUUACCCGUGGCAGUAAUCUGGCUCCUGGCCAAUCACGGUUUUGCUCAUCGGCCAAUCAUCUUCAAGGCCGACUCAGACGGGCUCUCACUCAAGGCGCUGUGACACGCUGCCCAGCGCCACUCAGGAUUUCGCUCUCACGGUGCCGAGCCUGCUCUCCCCCUUCCGCCUACCAACUUAUUUCAACCGGUUCUCUAAGUGUUUCUGUACAGAAUGCAGCAUCCUCUCAGCAAAGGACCUGAUGGUCGUGGUCAGUUAGGUCCUCACAGGCUUAUAGCUGCCGCGGCGCGAUUGCCAGUCAAUCUCCAACAAGAUCUUCGCGGAAAUAUUGACCCCUAUGUAACCUGCAGAUUCCCUGAGCAUUUGCAAAGGAGAUACCAUGCACAUUUGGCAGGGGUCAUAUGGCGUUGUGGACAGGAGAACGUGCGAUAAGACAGUGUGCCCUGUAGCAGCAGCAGCAGCAGCAGCAGCAGCAGCAGCAGCAGCAGCAGCAGCAGCAGCAGCAGCAGCAGCAGCAGCAGCAGCAGCAGCAGCAGCAGCAGCAGCAGCAGCAGCAGCAGCAGCAGCAGCAGCAGCAGCAGCAGCAGCAGCAGCAGCAGCAGUAG